AUGGCGAUGAUGAUGACUGGCCGUGUGCUGCUGGUGUGUGCCCUCUGCGUGCUGUGGUGCGGUGCUGCCGGCGGAGUUUAUGCGAGUAAUCUCGAGAACAACGCAGUUAGUCGCUGCAUGGCGUCGGGAGUGUUGAAUACAAAUAAAUCGUAUACGCCGAGCGGAUGCGAAAAAACUGCGCUGACGCUGCCUUUACGAUCUGU